GCGUUUUUGUAUAUCGGUCAGUUGAUUGAACAGUUGGAGCUUAUAGCAUAACUAAAAGGUCACAAUGAGCCGUCUCUGUAUCCUCGCAGCGAUUCUGCUCGGUGUCGCAUACACCAAUGCGGUUCCGGCACCCUCGGGAAGUGCUGUGCCCAGUAACAAACAGCCGCAAGUGUCCCCGAAAAAUCCCAGCAAUACACCGCAGAACACGCGCCGUAAGAUACAGCCCAUGCACGGAGGAGCACUAGAUAUGCCGGAUGAAGAGAAAAAGAAGCAUCCCCAAUUCAAGAAACAUUCGCACGGAAAGAACCGAGCCGUUGUUAAUAUUCCCGACUGUUUUGAUGCCCGCACACGGUGGCCAGACUGUCAGAGUAUCAAAGAAAUCCGCCAACAAGGACAAUGCAACACGUGCUGGGCUGUGUCAUCUUCCAGCGUGAUAUCCGAUCGGCUGUGUAUCGCAUCCGGACAGUCUGACCAGACGUAUGUGUCAGCGCUGCAAUUGGCGGCAUGCUACAGACCGGAGGAAACCCCACUGCAAAUCUGCAAGAACCCAUACUACACCGAGAGAGCGUACCAGAAUGCGGCCAUCAAAGGGUACAUUACGGGCGGCGGCUCCGCCAGUGUGGGAUGUGCACCGUAUCCGGACUUAUCGGAGUCGGCACCUCUUAACUGCCCAUCGGACUGCACGAAUCCUGAUUACAAUCCGACAACGGUUGCCGAUGAUUUCCAUACAAAUGAUGACUCGUACUGGGUGCACAGUUUAAAGGACGCCAAAAACCAAACAGAAAUUGACGAGAUCGUGAAAGACAUUCAGAUUGAAAUCAUGACCAAUGGUCCGGUUACCGCCGGGAUCGAGGACUGGAGUGACUGGCAGGACUGGAAACCUACUCAAGGAGCCUAUCGCGGACCAGGCGACGGGGCAACCAAACUGGGCGGCCACGCCAUCCGCAUCAUCGGCUGGUGCUCGGAUUCCAACGGAGUUCCCUACUGGACCAUUGCCAACUCCUGGGGGGUGGAGAACGGCGAUCAGGGAGUCUACUGGAUCGAACGGGGAAAGAACGCCGUCAACAUUGAAAGCGAUUUCAGUGCUGCUGUCAUCAACGUGGCCGGCAGCUGCCCGAGCUCCUUCUGUUCAUCCGGUAUCGAUCAGAUCGUGCGUCUCGACAGUUCGGAUAUGAAUUCCCAAACUUACGCUUUUAGCGGUGAUUGUACCGUGGAAGUGCAGAUCGAUGCGAAUGGUCAAGUAGGUCAGGUCGGUAAUCCCGUUCCCAUUGGUAAAGUUUUCCUGGAUGCCCCAUCUGGACCCAUUGUGGGAUGGGACAAAGGAGACAAAGGCAAUGAUGUCUGGCUGAAAAAUCCAACGGGAUCUGGCGAUUGCACGAUUGUCAGCGGUGCCACCAAGUACAACUGUGUCAACUUCAAUUCCUUUGGAGGGGCCAACAUCCAGACGAUGCUCAACAGCGAUACUUAUACCUAUGAUGCCACCGACAGUCCGACAUGGUUAUUUAAGAAUGGCAAAGGAAUCGACAUUACUUCCUUCCAGUCCCAGUUCGGCAGCAUCAAGACCAUAUUGAGCCUGAGCAGCGGUAAUAUCCUGGUUUGCGGUACCGAUACAUCUAGCAAUCCAGUGUGUGGAACCAUGGACACUUCCGGCAACACGGUGAACGCACCGGCUCAACUCGCUUGUCCGUAAACCAGGAAUGUUGCAUGGAAAACCUUGCGCUCCAUUAAUACUGCAAUCUAUAAAGCGCGGUAGACCGACAAUUGAUGGAUUAUUUUCCUUUGCAUUUGUAGUAAGAAUCAUAAUUGUUCGGUUGUUUUCUUAUCGAAAAAACCUACAACCAUCUGGUAUAUCAAAUGAAAUAUUUUGUUAUCGGAACAAACUGCUCAUUUGAAAACGAAUAAUGUUUUGACUCCGCACAAUUCCUUGAUGUUUAUUUCAUAUGUGCUAAUGAAACAUUAAAUUACCGGGAU